AUGGUGCAUGCAUUUUUUUGGCUCCUGCCUCUUUUAUACAAAACGUGUCCGGGACAUGCUUGGGUGGCAAGUAACUUUCUCAUGACGGGACCCAAGGCCUAUCUCACCUAUGCAAGUAGCGUGCAGGGGGGCGCACUGACUGGGAUCGAGGAGUGCAAACACCAGUUCGCGUGGGACAGAUGGAACUGUCCCGACUCCGCCACUCAGCUCAAAGGACUAAAACGCGCCACCAGAGAGUCUUCUUUCGUCCACGCCAUCAGUUCCGCGGGAGUGAUGUACACUCUGACCAGGAACUGCAGUCUGGGAGACCUCGACAACUGCGGCUGCGAUGUCUCCAAGAACGGGAAAAUUGGCGGUCGUGGCUGGCUGUGGGGUGGCUGUAGUGACAACGUGGAUUUCGGAGAGAGGAUUUCCAAACAGUACGUGGAUGCGCAGGAGACGGGGCAGGACUCCAGAGCUGCUGUCAACCUGCACAACAACGCGGCUGGGCGGCUGGCUGUGAAGGCAACAAUGAAGCGCAUCUGCAGAUGUCACGGUAUGUCGGAGAGCUGCAGUGUCCAAACCUGCUGGACACAGCUGUCCGAUUUCAGAGAAAUCGGCAACUACCUGAAGAUCAAGCACGGCCAGGCCCAGAAGCUGGACAUCGACAAAAAGCGCAUGCGUGCUGGCAACAGCGCGGACAACCGGGGCGCCGUCGUGGACGCGUUCGGUGGCGUCACGCAGACGGAGCUCAUCUACCUGGAGGACUCCCCGGACUACUGCCGGAGGAACACCAGCAUAGGGCUGUACGGCACCGAGGGCCGGGAGUGCGUGCAGCACGGAGAGGGGUUAACCGCGUGGGAGAGGCGCAGCUGCCGCCGGUUGUGUCACGAAUGCGGCCUGCGGGUGGAGGAGAGGCGCACGGACGUCGUGAGCAGCUGCAACUGCAAGUUCCACUGGUGCUGCACGGUGAACUGCGAGGACUGCUCUCAGGUCAUCCUCAAACACGUGUGCGCGAGGAGGGAAGGGGCCGAUGGGAACGGCUUUAGACGGAGACUCCGUGGACCCAAGUGA